UUCUGUUAGCCGCCAUUAAUGGGUUGGGUGGUGGGUGAGGCCAAAACCGACCCAAACCGAUCCAUGUGCAGCCCUAAAGAGGAAUCCAAACACCACAAAGUUCAUAAAAGCUUCAUGUAGUUGCACAACAUAUCCUAAACUCUGCAUAAAAUCUCUCUCAAUUUACUCCAACAAAAUCAAGACUAAUUACACCACGUUAACUUACAUGGCUCUCUAUGUGAGUCUGAAGAAAGCGGAGAAAACAUCGAAAACUGUUACGAAGAUUGCGCGACGCCAAGAUAUAAAGCCAAGUGAUGCUAUGGCGAUUAAAGAUUGUGUUGAAAACAUUGGCGAUUCGAUCGAUGAGUUGAGAGAUUCUUUAAAUGAAAUGAAGAACUUGAAUCAAACUGACUUUGAUUUUAAAUUGAGUAACAUAAAGACUUGGGUUAGUGCUGCACUGACAGAUGAUGACACUUGUAUGGAAGGAUUAGGGGAAGAAGAUGUUAAAGGUGAUGCAAGGAUUGUUAUAAGGAAGAAUGUUGUACAAACUGCUCAGUUAACUAGUAAUGCUCUAGCCAUUGUUAAUGGCCUCAAAUACAAACCGGAAAGAUCACAUCACUAGCUACUACUAUUUGUUUAUCCCUGGGUGCAAGGGACACCAGACAAAUUUGAGUAAAUUCAAGACCAUUAUUAUAACAUCAUAUUUUGUUUGAA